CCGUCCACUCCCGGACCCGUCGCCGCCUGGCGUCUCUUAGCAACCCUUUCUCGCGCCUGCGCCCUCGCUGAGGUUCCGGUUCCGGGGCGCGCCGCAAGAUGGCGGCGGCCGGUGAGGAGACGGAGGCAACGGACUGGGCGCUGCCGCCGGAGGUGGAGGUGCUGGAGUCCAUCUACCUGGAGGAGCUGCGGGUGGUGCGCGGGCAAGGCAGGUGCGAGGCGUGGGAACUCAGCAUCACCCUGCACCCCGCCACGGCGCAGGACCAGGACUCCCAGUACGUCUGUUUCACCCUGGUGCUCGCUGUGCCCCCACAGUAUCCCAAUAAAGCUCCGGAAAUCUCAAUCAAGAACCCGCGGGGUCUGUCAGAUGAGCAAAUUCACAAAAUUUCCCAGACCCUCAGAAGCAUCGCUGAAGUCAGGCUGGGGACAGAGGUGCUCUAUGAACUGAUUGAGAAGGGGAAGGAAAUUCUUACUGACAACAACAUUCCUCAUGGCCAGUGUGUGAUCUGCCUCUAUGGAUUCCAGGAGAGAGAAGCCUUCACAAAGACCCAGUGCUACCACUACUUCCACUCCCACUGCCUGGCCCGCUAUGCCCAGCACAUGGAGGAAGAGAUCCUUAUGCAGCAGGAGGAGAGAGAACAGCACCUGGCACUAUCCCCCAAACAGGAAGUCUGUGUGCAAUGCCCUGUGUGCCGGGAGACCCUCAUCUAUGAUCUCAGUGCUCUGAAGGCAGCACCGCCACCGCAGCACCCACUGGAGCCAUACAAGCCCGAUGCCAAGACACUACAGCAUCAGGAAGAACUGCGCUUAAUUUUCAAGAGACAGCAAGAGAAAGGGGGCAUCAUUGACCCUGAAGCAGAGAGGAACCGUUACUUCAUUAGCCUCCAGACGCCUCCAGCUGCUGUUAAUGCAGGCCAAGCAGGCGCUGCCCCUGAGCUGCCAGUGAGUGCAAGCACUGUGGAUGUGCCCCAGCCACCUAGCCAAGCCUCGGCUCCAGAGCCACCCAGGGUACCAGAGGGCAGGGCAGAACCCAGGCGGCCCGAGAAGCCUGCUGUGCCUAGAGAGCAACAAAGUAAGAGGGAGAGGUACAGAGGGGAGAGGCCAGGCCCCAGAGGCCAGGGGAGGCAGUCAUGCAGUGCUGUGCAGGAGCCAGCAGAAGAAGCAGGUCAUUUGCUCCAUGGCUCCAGGGGGCCCAGGAGCUUCAGCCACAGACCAGAGCGGCGACCUAGUGGGAAGCACAGCCAGGAGUUAACAAAGCCUCACAGCAGAAGCAGGGCUGCUGCCUUGGCUGAAAGAAAGGAAUUGUGUCCCGAAGGUCCCUCACCAGUAACAGAGGCAGUGGACUUGAAAGAGGAGCACCGUGAUGUGGAGAGAUGGACCCCAGAGGAGGGGACUGAGGCCCCGUCCAGGGAGAAGAAACUGGUGUUCGACCACAGAGCAGCUCCCAGCCGGCAGGGCCACCACAGGUCCUGGGAUUGUGGGAGGUGGGAGAGGUCCAGAGCCCAGGAGCAUGGUUCCUACCCCAGAGUGCCAAGAGGACAAGGGACAUUCAGGCCCAGUGGACGACAAGAAGCCCAUCUUGAGAAGGAGAGUGGCUCCUAGCAGGAGUGGUGAGGAACUGGGCUGGGGGCGGGGGUGGUAUUUCUGGGAAGAACAGUGAAGUUUUGGUGGAGCAGUAGCAAGCAGACACUAUACCCCUUGGGAGAGGGAUGAGGCAGUUAGCAUAUGGUACAGCUUGGGACAGGCAGCGUCCCUAGGAUAUGUGCAGAGUGAAGCAUCCUGACAUGACCUGUCACCAGCAUUGGAGAAGCUGAAUCCUGACAAAUCAUGUCAGCGUUGGUCUUGGAGGACCCAGGGGACAGAGGAAGCCUUGACUAGGGACAUGCAGCCAUUAUCCCUGUAUGUGAGCUGUCAAGAAACAUGCAUACCUACAGAGCAAAUGCGCUGAGCUCAGCAUAGUGCCACAGCAGAGCCAGAGUUGUGGCAGGACCUUCCCUGGAAGUCAGCAUCCCAGCAAAGCUGCAGUGGUGCCAAGUGAUGAGGCUGUGCCAGGGCAGCAGCCUGGAGCUCAGCUUGCUGUAUCCCCCAUUCCUUCCUAAAGCACCUUCUGAACUGCUGUCUCUUGGUGAUAGUAUCACUUCUGCUGCAGCCCUGACUGCUAUUCAGCUGCUUUUGUGCAGGCAGAAGCUGAUGGGAGAGACCUGGGAAGAGCCCUCUGCUUUGCAACCUCUUUUGGGAUCCCCCUCUAAUGCCAUGCUGCUCUUGGAGCUCACCAUAGUUUAGAAUAAAGACAAGCCACAACGUCUUGGAUACUCUUACCCACUUUCAUCUUCAAGCUAACCCUGCUUCAAAGAAACGGGGAUUGGUUGUUUAAACUAACUUGGUGCAGUUACUUCUGCUGCACAGAUUUCAGCAGUGUCCCACUCCAGAGCUGUGACUGGCAAUCCCAAGCCUCUGAAGUGGGAUACUGCUAUUAAAUUAAUUUGUUGCUUCUUUUCCAGA